CCAAGAACAGCAGACAUGUCCGAGGUCCAGCCCCAGGCCUUGUACUGCCCCUGCUGGGAUCCUUGGAAGACAGGAUACAAAAGACUCAACAGAGCUAAGGCAGGCACGCUGUCUCAGAAGCCCAAACUGAAAUUUUGCAGACCUAACGCACAACCACUAAGAAGCAGGGAGCCUCGAGAUAUAUCAAAGGAGAUUGAAGAUGAGAUCACUCCUGGCUUUACCGUGUCUCACAGUAAGGAUCGUAUCAGUGUCACGCUGGGCGAGGAAUUCUUUGAGAAGAAAAAGCCUGAUGAGGAACUUGCCAAGCCCCCUGUGCUCAGUUCUCCACCUAAGAUUGAAACGGAGGACAUUAUAGGUGACUUGGUGGAACAGAUUUCUGAGCUCACAGCUAUAAUGGAGCAAUUGCGCCGAGACCACCAAGCUAGCCACAAACAGUUGGAGAAAGAGAUGGAAGACAAAAGGAAUGAAAUGCAAGAGGAACACGAAAACAAAAUGAGGGAGAUGCAGUCAUAUCAUGCUGCAGAGAUGAACGCCUUGGAAGAGCAGUACAAGAAAGAGUUGCGAAACGAGAGGGCACACGCCCAGGAGAAGCUGGCUGGGAUGCAGAAGGAAUACAAGUAUCUGAAGAAUGCGUUUCGUGUGUACCAGGAUAGUAUUUCUGAUGAAAUGGAGGAAAAGUGGCUGAGAAGGCAAGCGGAAUGGAAAAAGAGUGAGAGGACUGAACGGGAGAAGGCCUUGUUACAACAAAGGCAAUCGUUGACAAAAAAGUUUGAGCAGGCAAUAGAGGAACAGAAGACUCUCAUUCAGAAUAACAGUUUUUUAAUAGGCAAAGUUUAUGAAAAAGAAAGAGAAGAGUUCCAAAAGCAGCAACAGGAUGCCAUGGAUAAAAUUGCUGAAUUAAACAAACAUAUUGAGGGUUUGGAUAUGGAAAUUAAGGAGAAGAAUGAGACUUUGGAUGCUAUUGCAGCCACCCUUAGCAAGACAGAGACUGAACUCCGGAAUGAGAAAGCCGCCUUGGUGGAAAUGGAGAAAAGUAUCCAGCAAAAAAUUGCAUCCAUUGAAGAGAGAUAUCGAAUUAACGCCACUACUUUGGUAGAAGAAAAUGCCAUGCUCAGGCGCAAGCUCAUUGAGAAGAAUGAAGAGAUCUUUAGUCAACGGGCCCAGCGAUCGGGCAGCUAUGAACCAUAUGACUAGGGCUGUUAAGUGAAAAAGCAACUAAGGUUUGACAUGCUGCCAGAAGCCUGAAUUCAAAGCCACAUAUGCAAUUCUGUAGUCAGAAAGGGAGAUUAUUUGUUGUUUACUUCAAUCUUGUAUCGUGUUUUGUUUAUAUUUGCAUGCUGCUCUUCAGCUGAAGGUCACAGAGUGGUUCACAACAUGAAAAUACAAAAUGAGAACAGAA